UUGACAGCGUUUUCGCACACCCAGCGUCCAGACAAACAUCGUCGUCCUUUUGCUGCAGGGGAGGAACGGGAACGGCCCUGCUAGGGCGAACGACCGAGCGAGUAAAGCGAUCGACACUGAGAACGUGGGCUCGAGUGUCUAGGAAGAAAAGCGCGACGUUUCUCCCUUUCCGGAAGAACAACCGAAACAUGGCACUUAACGAAAGCGGGACGGUAUUUGCGGCAAGCACAGACAGUUGGCAGGCCUCGCGCGCGUUCGUCCGGUUUCGUACUGUCUCCCGGUCUUUCAUUGACCGCUUGGGUUUUACCUCUUGGCGCGCGGAGCGAAAGGGGAGGCUUCGCUCAUCCUCUGUCACACAGGACAUUUCCACCACCUUCGAGACAGCUGCGAAAGACACGCAGCCUUCCUCGACGACGUCGUCCACCCGCUGCCCCUCAAAGCUCCGCGUCUGUUUCUCUUUUCCGGUCUAUGCUUUUCUUUCACUGCAGUGCUGCCUGGACAGCAGUCGGACAGUUUUCUCUCCGUCUUUUCCGUGCGUUUCUCGUCGCUAAAUCAAGACUCUUGGAACGUGGGUGUUUCCCUGCCCACGGUCUGUGUUCUCGCCUUAUCCGUCGCGGCGUCUGCGGUGUCUCCGUCCCCGGUUUUCUUGUCUCCUUUUGUGUGCGUUGUUCUGGCGACCAAUGUCUACGACCUCUUUUCCGUCUCAAAAGUCAAUCGUUCAUCUCA